ACUUGUCAUUGUUCUGGUGCUUUAGAACUCCUAGCUGCGCCCCACUGCAGCAUGGCAAGCAACCAUAAGUUGGUUUGCGCAAGAGCCGCAAGGCAACAGUUCGGCGAUGCUUUCCAGAAGGCAGUCAAAGAUUAUAGAUGGGCCAGACAGUCCGCCGCAAUUUUGAAGGGCUUGGACGCAUAUCUUCCAGAUGGUCUGUCAUUUCUGCCGCUUUCCUAUCUUUUUGACGACGAAGUUGCUGGAUUUGCGUGGGAGGGAGCCGUAGUCAAGGCCAACGCUGAUGCUGGUGAUCGACAAACAAACUUUCGGGUGAUGGCAAGGACUCGUCCUCUGCAAGAGCAAGAGAAAGACGCAAAUCUUUACGAGUCCGUGAGCGCGGAGAGCGAGAAUAACGCUAUCAUCGUCCACGACGGCCGAGUCCAUCGCGAUGGCCGCACUAUCUACACGCACCACUCGCGCUUCUGCCUGGAUGGUGUCUUCCCAGAAAGCGCGGAUAACCAGCGGGUCUUCAAGGAAGCCGCGGAGCCUUUGCUGGACAGUGCGCUCAAGGAGGGUGGCCGGUCCACCCUGAUGUUCUUCGGGCAGACCGGGACUGGGAAGACCUACACGGCCAGGGGGGUGCUGGACAUCAUAACGCAGCAAAUCUUCUCUGACCCAGGCACCACCGUGGGGAUGUGCUGCUACGAGAUGGCUGGCACGCGGGGUGGCCGCGAGGCCUUCUUCGACCUGCUGGCAGACCGAGCCCAGGUGAAGUGCCUCACCGGCGAGGAUGGGAAUGUGCAUGUGCGGGGCGCGCGGCAGGUGGUGUGCCGCAGCGCCGAGGCGCUGUCGGAGGCCAUCGCCGCCGCCUUCGCCUGGCGCUCCUCCGAGUGCACGGAGCGGAACGCCGCGUCCUCGCGGUCCCACUGCAUCCUGGAGCUCCACUUCCGCGAAGCCGACCCGGAGGAGCCGAAGGAGCCGAAGGAGCCGAAGGAGCCGAAGGAGCCGAAGGAGCCGAAGGAGGCGAAGGAGGGCGGAUGCCUACGCAUCGUGGACCUUGCGGGAUCUGAGAGGAACUUUGAGACGCAGAUGCACAGCAAGUCUAUGGCGGAGAGAGGAGGGCUGAUCAACUACUCCCUCCUGGCGCUCAAGGAGUGUGCCCGAGUCAUGCACAAGCAGAAGCAGGAGGAGGAGUGCUUUGUUCCCUUUCGAUCCUCCCGCCUAACCCAUUUGUUGAAGAGCUCCUUUGUGGAUGAAUCUCACCGCACCAUAGUCGUUGCAACGCUCUCGCCCUCCCCCACGGACGUGGAGCACUCCCUGAACACCCUUCAGCAUGUGGCGAUGAUGCGCACUGCCCGGGCCUGGGAGGAGUCGCGGAAGUUUGAGGACGCCGAUGCCGACGCGGACGCCUCGGGCUUCGGGGUGGUGCAUGGCCGGGGCAGGGCCUUGCACUCGAAGCUGCAGGAUGCAAGAAAGGGUCAGCUGAGUCUUCACGCCUUCCAGAUGAAGACGCAAGUGGGCGGCACCAUCAUGAAGAAGUACGAGGCCGAGGCUGCGAAGGUCGAGACCUUCAUCGACGCCCGGUAUCACCGGGAGAUGAAGGUGAAGGUAGCAGAGGACCUUUGGGUUCUGCGGGACGCCGACAUGGAGGCCACCCAGGUACUGUCUGAUUGGCGGCAGGAGCAGUGGGAGGCCUCCAAGAGCCAGGACCUGGCGCGGUGGGAUGGGCCCAAGCUGCAGAGCUGGGUGCGGAACCUGGAGCUGCCAGGAGAGGUGAAGAUCCCCGGUGCCAUGACCGGCGCGCAGCUGCUGCGCCUGGGAAGCCUGCGGCUCCGCGCCCUGUGCUCCGACGCCGAGACCGCGGAGCGGCUGUCUGCGGCGCUGGACGCGGCGAAGAAGGAGACGCAGCGGCGCGCGGCGGCUCAUCGCAGUGCCAACGCGCGCAUGACGGCGCUGGGGAACCACAAGGUCCAUGCAGCAGCGGAAGAGACGCAUUUGGAGCGGCCUUGAUUGGCCUGGACUUGGUACAAGCGCCCUUCCCUCCAGGGUUAGGUGAGCUGAGCGUCUUUCGCCCAGUGAGCGAGCCUGUCAGGCCGAAUUCAGCUGUGUAGGCCCAUUGGGCUUCGAAGCUCGCCUGUGCAGUUGCCAAAGCUUCGACUGACCUUGUGCUGCACUGCACGAAUCCCGCGCUGGAUGCCUUG